UUUAAAAAAAAAAAAAAAUCUUUUUAAUAUUUACUGUACGAGGCCAUAAAGGAAGAGUUGAAUAAUAACGGAAAAAGAGAUAAGGAAACACGGUCCCUGGGUCGGGUACCACAAACCCGGGCCGUAGCGUUACGUCCACGUCUUCCGCCGUCCCAUCAAUCGAUUCAACCCGAGAGUCGCAGUCUCACAGAGAUACAAAAACAAAAACAAAAAAAACACAAAGAAACAAAAAUACUGAGAUCCAAAGAACAUGUCAAAGACAGAGGUCCAGUUGUUAAAAGACAACAGCAACGACAGGCCCAUCACGUUAAUGGAGACACAUGGGGGCCCAUCCCAGCUAUAACCCCGCCCAAGCCCCAAGAGCCCACAUCCCCUCCCCCUGUUGUCUUUAGCUGCCUGGCCACGUCGACGGUUCACGGGGCCCACAGAACGCCACCACCUCAAGCAAGCAAUCAGGAAGCACAGAGAGAGAGAUGGAGACACUCUUAGAGUAAGAAAAUGUUGCUGUCAAUUGUCAUAAGUCGUGUUGACAGUUUGUAUCUGUGUGGUACGAAGAACAUCGUUUAAGUCAAUGCUAGUAUUAAUGAAUUUAGUCGGUAUUCAACGUUUUAUAUUGGAUUUUUGGUUAUGAAUUCACGACUUAGUUAAGAAUCUGGUUAGGUAGUGUAAGGCUUUGGUUGAUUCCUUGUCUCAUGGAAAGAUAUUUUUGUUGCAGAAGGGAGGUCGACGCUUCUAGGUAUUUGAAAUGUGAUACAACUACGAGUAGUAUAUGAGGAACGCACGUAUGACGCGUAUACGAUAUUUUGUUUUUUUUGCAAAGUUAUAGUUUGUUUAUAUUGCGCAUAUGAUGAGAUUAGAAAAAUGAUUGGACGAGAUGAAGGCUAUUAGUUAUAUAGCCUGGUUCCCCUCAUUCAAAAUCUAGGUUUCAUCAUAUGUAAAGAAGUUGUUCCAAUUUCUUAUUUUCAAUCAGUUCUUAAUCUGAAUUUAAGUUAUGCCGGUACAUGAUUUGAGCAUUCAGUAUGUCCGUUUACUAGAUGUUUUAAUUCUUAACUAGUGUCAGUGCCUCGCAUGCAUGGACAUAUGACAGUAUAUCGGUUUAGAUACUGCAAGACAAUCCGAAUCACAUGAAUACCAGCCCUGUGCGCGCUUUACAACCUGAAUCAUAUCCUUUUUUUUCACACUCAUGUAGGAUCAUUAGCAACUAACAAAACCCAAGAUAUUUGAGAAGAUGUCAUUAAUAAGAACCAAUUCUAAAAGCCUAGAAAAGGGACGUGGGAGGGAAGGGAGGGAAAGGGCAUUAGGAGUUGUCUUUCACUAAUCAAGGUUAGGUUUGGUGGGGGAUGUCCCAUUAGGCUAACCAUAUUGCUCUUCAUGUUUUGCCAAAAUUAGGGGCUAAUCUCAUUGGGUUAGGCCUUAGAUGUUCGUUCUGCCUAUUGCCAAAGAAGAAAUUAAAGCAAGUAGUGGGGGUUGUAGAAAGAAAGCAAGCAUUAUGUGUAAUUAUUAGGACCCAAAGAACGUGUUGUGUUUGUGCCCUCCACAAAUUAUCACUAAAUAUGUGGACCGGUUUAAGGACCACAUUAUAAAUAGAUAUAUAGAUGGCCCUAUUAAGUGUUAUCACAAGAAAAAAAUAAUGAAACAACAAUGGAACAUAAGUACAUCACACCACCAUUUGUGGUAAAUUUGUUAUCCACCUCCCAUUGUUUCUUGCAACCAUCUCUAAAUUGAGUGGUAACUACCAUGUUUUCUAGAUCCCUUUUCAAUUUUUUACCCUCUUAGUCCUAAUCGAUUAACUAGCUUUCUUAAACGCUAUCAAGAACUCGCGAUUCUUAGAGUAUGUAUAAAAAAAAGAUCGAGAAUUUGUUGUAUGAUUGUUGAUUAAUCUUUUAAAAAAAUGAAUUUCACUUAAGAAAUACCAAUCUUAUCCUUGUCAUACCAAUUUUUUUUUUAAUUAGCAUGUUAUUGAAUUACAAUCCUCAUCUUCAAUUUCCUCUUUUAGGAUUUUAUAUCUCUAUGAAAAUCACAUAAGAUUCAUACUCAAACAUCUUUCAAUACAACUAAUCGUUGAGACGAACUGUACUUGGGGCAUGGUCUUGGAAUCCUCGACCGAGACGUCCUUUGUUCGAAUGCUCGUAGCUACACAAAAUAUAUAUAUCGAUAGGUCCUCCGAUGUAAGUAUCAAGUCCACUAGUUGUCUCUCUUUCGUCAUAAAAUAUGUAUUAUAUUGAAUUGGUAUGAUAUCGAUACCGAGCUACUUUCAUUUCAAAGCCACUCGAAAUGAAAUCAGGUCGAAGAACGGGGUACCCCACUUUGUCACCACAACAUUAUCAGCCCCAGUAACAGUUCACUAGUUGGAUUAACGACGAGUAGUAAUUAAUGUCAUUUGGCUUCUCAUUAGCGCUUUCAUACAAACAACCCAAGUGGGGCGUUAACAUCAAUUCCAAUUCCCUCUUUUGACUUGGUGAACGCUACACUACUUCUGCUUAAUGCUAUGAAGAGGAAGGCCGGAAGGUAAUUAACUGAUCGAUCGAUUAACAGGUCGGCAUUCCGGCCUUAUUCAAUGGUAUCAUAUGGAACUAGAAGUGGUCAAAAAAUUUAACCUUUUGGGAUAUGAAAAAGACGAGGUAGGGAAAAGGGUUAAUUAAUUAGGCCCACUAAUCUCCAGCAAGCCAAACAAAACCUCAGACCACAAAAACAAAACCACGUUAACGUUGUGAUUAAGGAUUAUGAUGUGUGUGGGUUUGGAUUGGUUAUGCUGUCCUUGGCCGGCUUCUGAUCGCCGGCGACCGCAAGAGACGGCAGAAAAUGUCGACGGACGUACAUUGUUAUACCCUACUUUUUAUAUGUACGUUGGUGUGCAUGCAUGUCCUACAUGGAUCCACCGUCAGUUGGAGAAGGUACAAAUUGGAUGUGGACUAAAAGGGUUCUUAGUUUACACCGUCGACAAUCAUGUUUUUUCGUGGUUUGAUUUGGUAAAAUAUAUAUGGUGAAGGACAUUAGAUGAAACAAACGAUUUGUCUUUUUACCAAAAAAAAAUUCAAUUCAGUGCGCGCUACAAAGUUCUUGACUCAAUACGAGAAUGAAUCGAAGUUUUUCGUGGUUUGAUUCGAGCUAGGCACACAAAUCGAUUAACUAGUAGCCUCUCGUACAUAUAGGAGGUGUUUCCACACAAUGUGUCAUUGACGAAAAUAAAAUUUGAAUCAGAAAUCGAAGGUGUAUUCGUAAGGGAGAUUCUUUGAUGAACUUCUCCCAACAACUCGAGUUGUUGAAACAAGUUGGUUUUGGAGACAAAUUAAUUGAUGCAUUUCUCGCUGGAUCUUAUUGCAAGUUGUGGACACUUUUAGAUCCGAUGAGAAUCAUGCAAGAUUAUUAUCGAAAGUGUCACUAAUAUGAAAACGAGAUUGUAAAAUCAAACCAUCCGAACCUAAUAUAUAAUCCACCACCACUUACAUGAAACUAAGGGUUGCAUAAAAAAAUAAUGGGUUUCUUUGUGAAAUAGAUUUAUUGGGUGAGUCCAAUAUAUCGCCACCAAAGAUUGUUGAACCGUCACCCCCAUGAAUCCAAAUAAAUAAAUAAAUAAAUUUCUCAUCCAACAAAUAUCGGUUUUUUUCCGUUUAAUUUGUUUUGGUUCAAAAAUUUUAUUUAUUUAUCAAAUAUAUGAAGUCGCUCUCAUCUUCCUGACAACAUAAUCGAUGGAAUUGGUUGGGUGUCGGUAUACAUGUCCAUUCUUCACCAACCAAACCACAUACCUUUGCCUUGUUUGAGAUGAUGUGAAACUCUUUUCAUUUUCUGAUUUCUGUCCCCAUGAAAUGAAAUUUCAUUCUAAAAUAUUCACUUUACAUCUCCUAUCAUAUCUAAUCGUUUAAUUGGUUGUUCAAUUGAGAUAUGGAAUUCGAAAUACAAUCAUUCUUAUAUUGUAAGUGUUGGAUUAAUCCCAACUUUAGGAAGACUUGAUAAUUUUUCAUAUUCAUCAAUAUAGUUAACUCUUUAGACUAAUAUUCAUGUGCGUUUAAUGGAAAGAAAAAAAAAAAAAGAGUUUCGUUCAUGAUUCACAAGUGUUAAUUGAGGUAUGAUGGUUCGUGGCUCAAACGAGCAUAUGUUAAGUCGAUGUCAUGGUGUCCUCCUCAUCCCUUUUCGGUUCCCUUUGGUGCAGAGCUUCUUGUAGAACUGUCUAUUUUUUGUUUGUUUGUUUGUUUGUUUGAUGAUGUAUUAAGCAUGCGUGUACACAUAACAUAUGUAUUUUAACAAAUUAUAGUUCAAUAAUUUAGUAAUUAAAUAUAUUUUAUAUCAUUUUAAAUUAUAAAAUUAAAAAAAAUUUAUUACUUGCAUCAAAAUUUUAGACAUACUUUUAAAUAAAUAAUAGCAUUCAGAUGAAAUACAUAAAAAAUACCAUAUAACGUAUUAAUACGGUAUCGUAUACCCGUAUCGCUUUGCCGGAGUCCACACGGUUACUGCGAUUCCCAAACUUCUCCCUCCGAUUUGAUUGCCCUUUUUUUUCACUGUCCGCCCCAAUCUCGCGAUACAACGUUGACGAUCCAACCAAAAUACCGCCACACGACAACAAAGACGAGAACAACAAAAAAAAAGAAUUUACCCGCCUGUUGUUACCUUACCACAGUAAAUAAGUCAGUCUCAUACAUAAAUUCCUUAUUAUUUAUUUAUUCAUUAUAUUUAAGGAUUAGGUUAGAAAUAGAAUAGCGCUUAUUUAGUAUAUUGUUUUGUUUGUUUGUUUGUUCUUCCCGUUUGGAGAGAGAGAGAGAAAGAGAAGAAGAAGGAAGAGAUAAAAAGGGGUGGACCUGUGAAGCCAGAGCAGAGGGGAGAAGAAGAAGAAGAAAGAGAGCAAAAUCCAGAAGAAAAACAUCUCUCCCUCCCUGCAAACAGACACACAGAGAAAAGUGGCGGAGACAUAGAGAUUCACAGAGAGAGAGACACUGUGGAAUCGCGAAUUCAGCAGUGGAAGAAGAAGAAGAAGGGUUAGUGAAUCAAAUGGCUUUUUGGAGCAUCUUUACAGUGGCUGACUGUUGAGAACUGAGAAGAAAGAGAGAGAGAGAGGGGAGUGUGGAGGUAUUGAUGCUGCCUGCCUGGUAAAAUUGUAAAGCGUUCAGUCAGUGGAGAAGUUGCAGCAGUGCUUCUUCUUCCUUCUAUUUUUUUUCCUUUCCCCUGUUUUUUCCCCCUCUUUUUCCCUUUCUUCUGCCACUGUCCGAUCGCUCCCCCGAUUAAACAAGUGUUGUCUCUAGUGCUGUCUUUACUGUGACUACUGCAUGAAAUCGAAAUCCCCCACUCUCCAUUUCUUCAUCACCACUUAUCUCUCCACCUUUUGGUUUAAUUAAUUGGGAGAGGCAAACAAAAAGCUCCUCCUCUCUGUAGCACAACUGUACUCUUUCUUCUUCCCCUAUCCUUUUCUGUUCAGUUUCGCUCCUUGUCUGAUUCAGCCCCAUUUUGGGUUAAUGUGCAGAAAUUUUGCAACCAAACUUCUUCUUUAGCGCUUUUGGGUUGUGGGGUUUUUGUAGAAAUGUUUGGGAUUUUGUUCCUUUACCCCCAAAGGAGCAAUCUUUUCUAGUCUAGGCCUUCCCUCUCUUCUUCUGCAACUCUUCCAACUUCUGGUAAUUGCUGUGAUUUUCGGUUUCCCCAAUCUGGGUUCUUUCCAUUUGUUCUGGGUUUCUGAUUUUUGUUUCAUUCCCCCAAUUUGCAGAGCAGAGAAAUCGGCGGGUAACUGGAGAGGAGAUUUUUAACUAUUGUGUUUUUGGGAGCAAAUGAAAGAGUUGUUGGAGAAGAGCUUGGAUCCACAGCUAUGGCACGCUUGUGCUGGAAGCAUGGUUCAAAUCCCACCUAUCAACACUAGAGUCUUCUAUUUCCCACAAGGCCAUGCCGAGCACUGCCAAUCCCCCGUCGAUUUCCCCUUCUCCGCGGCCGCUACCAAAAUCCCGGCCUCCAUCCUCUGCCGCGUCGCCGCCGUGAGGUUCCUCGCCGACCCGGAAACCGACGAGGUGUACACCAAGAUGAGCCUCGCUCCCCUCCCCCAAGACGAAGCAGAGCUCGAAUUCGACGACGAAAUCGGUCUCGGCAGCGGCAAUGGCAGCAGCGGAAUCCAAGAGAAACCGGCUUCCUUCGCCAAGACUCUCACCCAAUCGGACGCCAACAACGGCGGGGGAUUCUCCGUGCCGCGUUACUGCGCCGAGACAAUCUUCCCCAGGCUGGAUUACACGGCGGAUCCUCCCGUUCAGACGGUGAUAGCUAAAGACGUCCAUGGCGAGGUGUGGAAGUUCAGGCACAUCUACAGGGGAACUCCCAGGAGGCAUCUGCUGACUACAGGGUGGAGCACGUUUGUGAACCAGAAGAAAUUGGUUGCCGGAGAUUCAAUCGUGUUUCUCAGAGCUGAGAAUGGAGAUCUCUGCGUCGGUAUUCGCCGCGCGAAGCGAGGGUUUGGCGGCAGCGGGCCAGGUUGGUCCUCAUCUUCCUUUCCCCAAUCUGGUUGGGGCAUUAACGCAAACACCAACGGGGCAACAACUGGGAUGGCGAACCCGUACAGCAGCUUCUCGCUGUUUCUUAAGGAAGAUGAAAACAAGGCCGUGAGAAAUGGUGGGAAGGGAUCGACCGCGGCGUCGGGGGCGGCGACGAAGGUGAAACCGGAGGAGGUUUUGGAGGCGGCGAGAUUGGCUGCGAGUGGGCGGCCGUUUGAUGUGUACUAUUACCCGCGAGCUAGUACUCCGGAGUUCUGUGUCAAGGCUGCUUCGGCUAGAGCUGCGAUGAGAAUUAAUUGGUGCCCUGGGAUGAGGUUCAAGAUGCCAUUUGAGACUGAAGAUUCCUCCAGGAUUAGCUGGUUCAUGGCUACUGUAGCUUCUGUUCAGGUUGCUGAUCCCAUUCGCUGGCCGAAUUCGCCAUGGCGCCUUCUUCAGGUGACAUGGGACGAGCCAGAGCUGCUGCAAAAUGUGAAACGAGUCAGCCCAUGGUUGGUUGAACCGGUUACAAACAUACCAAUGAUCCAGCCAUCAGCUUUCUCCUCACCACCAAGAAAGAAGUUUCGGUUCCCAGGAGGACCAUUUGACUUCCCACUAGACGGCCAGUUUCAAUUGCCGUCGUUUUCAGGCAACAACAACCCCCUCUCGUCCAGCAGCAGCCCAUUGUGUUAUCUUGCGGAUAACAGUGCACCUGCAGGCAUACAGGGAGCCAGGCAUGCUCAUAUCGGGGUAUCUUUAUCCGAUCUCCACCACCUUAAUCACAACAAACUCCCGCAUCCAUCAUCCGGGGGACUAUUCCUACCCAAUCUCCAACACUACAAUCCACCACCACCACCACCACCACCUCUACAAUUUUCUAGAAUCUCCGAGAGCAGCAAUGAGACGGUAUCUUGCUUGCUAACUAUUGGCCAUGGCAACUCCAGUUCUUCUUCAAGCCUCGAGAAACCAUCUGCUUCACAAGAGAAGAAGCCGUUCUUCCUCUUUGGUCAAGCGAUACUCACUGAACAGCAAAUCUCCCACAACCAUUCCAGUGAUUCCAUCUCGAGGAGUUCGUGCGACGAGAUGCAAAUCUCGUCAUUGGAGAAGUCCUCUAGUGCUAUAUCCGAUGGCGGCGGACAUAAUUGCAAGGUGUUCAUAGAAUCUGAAGAUGCAGGGCGGACAAUCGACCUCACGGCCUUCGCUUCAUACGAGGAGCUGUACAGUAGGCUGGCACACAUGCUUGGAAUGGAAAGGGCCGUGAUACUGAACCACGUUCUCUAUCGAGAUACAACUGGUGCUGUCAAACGAACCGGUGAUGAACCAUUCAGUGUGUUCUCGAGGACUGCAAGUAGAUUGACCAUACUGAUAAACCCUGCUGGGAAUGACAGUGCUUCCAGGACAUGGAUGACGCGGAGCGCUGAGAGUGGGUUGGAGGCUUCAAACAAGAGAGGGCCACUGAGUAUAUUCGCCUAGAUGAUGAAGAAACAGAAGAAGAAGAAGAAGAAUAAGAAUCCUUUGGAUCUUAGGAAGGAGCUGUUAUUAUUAUAAUGAAUGUGUGAAUGUUAUGUAGUUAUGAAGCCAGAGGUUGACUGUCCUUUGCUGUGGUUGUGGAACAUGUUCUUGUCUUGUUGACUUUCUUAAGCAGAAAGCUGUAAUGUACUGGAAUUCUGAAACUUGCUUUAAGGUUUAAUGAAUGCUGUGUCUUCUUUUGUUUAUCAUUAUGAGCAGAGAUUGCAAAUCGCAGUGAGAUUCAGAGUGUGCCAAACUGUGGGUCGCUUUUUAAUUAUUUUUAUUAUUAUUAUGAUCAUUCAUUUUUGACGUAAACCGCGGUCUAGACCAGAUCAGACCAAGAGAUAAAAAAAUAAAAUAAUACAGAUCAUGAACCAGAUCAGACCAUACUUAACGGUCUACGGUCCAGACCAAACUGUACAGUACGGUUUGGACCACGAUUUUUGUAACAAUCUGGUUUAUUUUCCCCGCCCUACAGCUAGCAAUGUUUAUUAAUGCUUGGGAAGUGAUUUAUGAAUUUCUUUUUAUUUAGGAAUUUUUAAUUGUUAAUUUGGAAGUGUAAUUAAUUAUUUGCGUGGGAAUGGGGAAAGAAAGGGGAGGAUCCAAAUGUGGGAUGGAAGGCAUGGGGAUUGGAGCGAACCCUGAAAACAUGCUCCGCCCGGGUCGGGCCUGUUGACUAAUGGCUUUUAACUGGCUCCCCGCUCCCAUUACCCAACCAAUUUUUUGACCCGGUCUGGGUUCCUGUCCGGACGGGUCCGUUGUAGGUCCGGCUGGCCUUCUCUAUUAAGUACGAAAAAUGUACAAGCCCACCAACAUUUGCCUUUCAUUUCAAUAUUUGGUCAUUUAUCUGUUUACAAUAUCGAACGUUAAAGUCAGACUUAAAAAUUCGUCUUCCGUAAACUAAUUUUAGUCGUUAAUCAUCAAAACGAAGUAGACGGCAUUUAUUAAGUCGAUAUGGUACAUGAUACUACUUGAUUGACAAACUUUCGAUGUACGGAUCGGUUUGACCGGUAUGAUUCCGGACUGCAUUGUUUUCCUGAAGAAAAAAAAAUUAGUUAUAAUAAUAAUGCAAUAAUUAUGGCAAUGAAGUGAACACGUGGGAAAGGGAGCCAGGACCAACUCGGAAAACAUGAGGCACGUGGGGGGGUUUCCAACUCUAACGCCGUUUUGGUGGCCGGGCCUGCCCGUGUGCCGUUGCUGGCCCUUUUCUUCCGGUCGGUUUUCUGGGCUUUUUAGGAUUUUAACGACGACACCCUUAGAUUAAAUUUAAAACACACUCCUUAAUCCCAAUUUUAUCAGUUAUUACGUGUAAUAGCAUUGAUGAAUAUUAUUUGUGGAUUUAGAAAUGAAAGUCGGAUUAGGAAAAGGAGAGUAGAGGACCGGCGGCCAAGGGCUAAGGUGAAAGAAUUCAGUGGUGUUACUUGUACAAAAAUAUGUACAUAAAAAAUUAGAUUCGAACGCGCACCAUUAUCUCUGAAGUUCGUCUAUUUUAUACAGGCAAACACUCGACCACCACAAUGUCUGCUGAUGUAAAUCUAUUGUUCGGUUGUUCCUCAACUUCUCUAGAAAUACAAUGUUGCUAUUUAGGGAUUGGGCAUAUAAUCUGAUUUUGAUCGUAUGAUCUCUCUUAAAAAAAACCUAAGGAAGAAGCUGAACCGAUUGAGAUAAUGAACACCUGAACUCAAUUGAAAUUAAUGUAAUACAUGUUUAAUCGACGUUGGUGUUUCGUCUAUCUUCUACUUUUGUUCAAUUCAUUUUUAGAAUUGAUUCGAUUCUGAACCAGACCAAAAUAUAUCCACCCUGAAAUGAUAUGAAGGGUUGGGUCCAUCCAAUGAUUUUUUCCCCCCCACUUGGUUGGCCCAUGUAGCCACCAAAUAUAGUUGAAUGAAUCAAUAAAAUACAAUAAAUUGC